UCUGGUUCCUAGCAGACGACUGUGUUGUGCAGCAGAAACCACAACAAAAAAGAAGCGCAUCUGUGAGCAGUGCAACUUCUUCUGAAAACUCGUCGUCCCUGGCUUUGUGUUUGUUUUUGUGGUUAGCUCCACUGGGAGGAGUGUGGUUACGAAGGUCGACAGGCCUGACCCGCCGGCCCUCCGCUCUCCGCCUCGUCGUGAUCUGAGGACGAUUGCGGCCACCAUGAGCUCAGUCGACUCCGUGGCUUACUUCAUGAACGAGCUGAACAGGGAGACUGGAAUGUACGAAGAAAUCUUGACCGUGCUGGGCCUGUGCUACCUGGGGAAACUGACAGUUUCUCUAACAUGGUCUGCUGUGCAAGGCUUUAGAGCUCACAUUUUAUCCAGAAUUCUUCCGUCGCCAAGUAUAACAGACACUUAUGGAAGAUGGGCUGUUAUCACUGGCUGUACUGCUGGUGUUGGACGUGCAUACACUGUGGAACUUGCUCGCCGAGGAGUUAACGUAGUUCUCAUCAGCCGAAAUGUAGACAAAUUGAAUGAACUGGCAAGAGAAGUUGAAAUGGACUACAGCGUAGAAACAAAAAUUAUUCAAGCGGAUUUCACAGAAGGCAGACCUAUUUAUGAACAGAUUGCCAAGGAACUGGAUGCCUUGGAUGUAGGAGUUUUAUUGAAUAAUGUUGGUGUGCUUCAUGGUACUCCACUUUACCUCUCUGAAAUGAGUGAAAGUGACGUUUGGGACAUGAUCAACGUCAACAUUGGUGCCAUGUCUAUGAUGACAAGAAUUGUUUUGCCAUCUAUGUUGAGAAGGCAACGAGGAAUCAUUGUAAACCUUUCGUCUAUUUCAUCUGUACAGCCACUGCCUCUGAUGGGGAUCUAUGCUGCAUCAAAGGCAUACAUAGACUCCCUUUCUCUGGCUCUCAGUGAAGAAUGUAGAGGAUCUGGAGUUAAAGUACAGUCCUUAACUCCUUGGUACCUGAAUACAGAUAUGUUGCACCUAUCUCCAAGAUCUAAUCCUUAUUUAGUGCCAUCGCCAGAAAUGUAUGCUCACCAUGCUAUUUCCACUCUUGGUGUUGUUGACCAUACAACUGGAUACUGGAUACAUGGGCUCAUGAAGCCUUUCAUGCGAAUGUGUCCUACAUGGAUCUAUGUCAGAUUUGGUCACUUUUGGAACAAGAAUGUGAGGGAGCAAAUAAUUAGCCGUGAACGCAGAAAAGUGACUCAAAUUAGCAGAACUCGGUAGAUUUUUGAUCAGUUUUUGUGUCUACAUUCCCUUCAUCUACCGUAAAAAGCUUUUUAAAGCAGAGUUUUAAUUUUGUUGUUCAUCUACUUAAUUUCAUAUCCUCCUUAUCCAUCACUCAAAUGAUGACACGUCAGAUGUGUCAGGCUUGUCAUUUUCUGUGAUGUAAAAACAAUCAAACUACUAACCAAAUUCGCAAGAUUGUAUUUUCAUUCAUUCAUUAUCAUUAGACUUUUUCAUUGUGUUUUUUAUACCUAUAAUUGAAUAGUUAAUUUAUCCUUCUCUUUUUUUUGUAUUUUAAAGAAUGAUAGUGAUAAAAAAAUUUAUUCAAAGCCAAGUUCUAAAAUCCUAAACCAUACUCAUAUGUAUGUGGCGCUUGUGGCUUAUUUUGUUGUGCUCACGUAAACAUUCUGAUAGGGUGCACCACCUUUUAAUAAAUAUUGUGCCAUUAGAUAUUAGUGUAACUUUGAAUGUACCAUAAUGUUUCCCAACAUAUUUCUGUGGAUCCUGCAAAAUUUAGAAAGUCAUCAAUACUUGCGCACUUUCCACAUUUUGCGGCCGGCCGGUAGGAAUGCCUGUUUAUCUCAGCAAUUAUUUGUCUAGUCACCCACCCCUCUAAUGAUGGUGGGGGGAAAAAAGGGAAAAUAGGAACUGGAGGCUAGUUGUAGAGUACCAUAAAUUACUUUGAAAUAAAAACAACAAAUGACGCUCAA